CAUGCAGCAGCCUUUCCCGGAUUUGUAAGCUCCCUCGUGUCAGGUUUCGCAACUUCUGCAUCUAUGGCACGACUCGCGCAUUCACAAGGCUUGUACAGCGGCUAUGGCAACCAAUGUAUCCGGUACAAAUUGGACAUGGACGGUCCAGCAGCUAUCAGGCUUCGACGGGCUGGCAAUCAAGAAGGAGGCCAUACCGCAUCAACUCGGCGACCACGACUGCCUGGUCAAGAUUGAAUCAACGUCCUUGAAUUACAGAGACUUGAUGAUCCCCAUGGGCACCUACCCGUUCCCAAUGAAGACAGGCGUCGUCCCUGGUUCCGACGGCGCUGGUACAGUGAUUGAGACUGGAUCCCGCGUCUCUCGCUUUCAAAAAGGUGAUCGAGUGUGCACGAUAUUGAGUCAAGGCCAUAUCGCUGGACCGGCAACGCCGGAAAUUCUGCAGACAGGAUUAGGCGGGAGUCUCGAUGGCACUCUGCGGCAGUAUGGUGUCUUUGACGAGUCCGGGAUGGUACACAUGCCCUCGACUUUGACCUUUGCUGAAGCAAGCGCGCUCCCAUGCGCUGGAGUCACGGCGUGGAACGCUUUGUACGGGCUGACAGGGCGAGCUUUGAAGGCGGGAGAUACGGUACUGACUCUUGGGACCGGAGGGGUGUCGAUCUUCGCGAUCCAAUUUGCUGUCGCGGCGGGAGCAACUGUCAUUGCUACGACCUCGAGCGCGGCCAAGGCUGCGAGGCUGAAAGAACUCGGGGCGCAACAUGUCAUCAACUAUCGCGACGACGCGCAAUGGGGCGAGACGGCCAAAGCAUUGACGGCAGGGCAAGGUGUCGACUUUGUGGUGGAAGUUGGAGGCGCUGCAACACUCCCUCAAUCCCUGGCCGCGAUCAAGAUGGACGGCAUUCUCUCCAUUGUCGGCGCUGUUGGUGGUCAGGAUUCCAAAGACCCCGAGCCCGGCCUGCUGAACGCCUGGUUUCGUGGGUGUAUUGUCCGAGGUAUCGCGGUGGGCUCGCGAGCGCAGUUCGAGGAGAUGAAUCGGUGCAUCGUCGCCAAUCAUAUCAAGCCGGUGGUUGAUCAAAAGACAUUCCACUUGCGAGAGCUGAAGGAGGCAUAUCAAUAUUUGUGGGAGCAGAGGCAUGUCGGGAAGGUGGUGGUCGACAGUGCCGUUUGAGUGAGAAGACUUGGAGGUCUUUCGCUGUUUGAACGAAAUCCACCGCGAUCGGAGAAGACAAGUUCAUUUCCAUGUACCUGGGGAGCUGUGGCGUGAACCAGCCGUAGACAAGCAUCAAUGGCCAAUACUUGCUGCGCAAACAU